GGUCCCUCCGGUUAUCAACUAAUAAUAAUUUUUGUAGUGGUGUUUCUUUUUAUCUGAUGGACAAAUGAAUGUCGUUCCAUUUGCGUCCGUGACGCUGAACGGUACAGUACCUUGAUUUGUGUGUGUUUCUUUUUUCUGUUUUUGUGUGCCGUUUUUUAGGGAAAAUUGCAUUUUGGAGGAUAAUUCGUUGGAUAGAAUGAUGUAUAUCGGGGAUAUGGACAGCAUAGGUUUCACGUUAGCCUUGGGGGCGCUGCGAGCGCUGGCUUUCGUUUACGACGUGCUGACUUUCCCCGUCUACGUUAUCCUCCAAAGGCCCUGGCGGGCUCGUCAGCAGUCCAGGAAAAUCAAGGCAGUAAUAGUAGCGUCGGAGAGGGAACAAAGGAAAUCAGACGUAAGCGUUGAUAUGAAAGGAAUCGAAACCGAUAUAACUAAUCGUUUUGUCGAACCGUCCAAUAACAACCAGGCGCAACCCAUCACUCAAGAUACGAAAAGCAUUACCUACCGUUCUACUGAGCAGCCGAAAAACUACCACAUAAUGUUGCUGCGCGAGAAGGUCGACACUAUGGCGAAACUGCUCGAGCUCGUCAGCAAAAAGUACCCGAACAAACGUUGCCUCGGCACGCGGCAGAUCUUCGGCGAAGACGACGAAGUCCAACCGAACGGUCGCGUGUUCAAAAAGUUCAACAUGGGCGACUACAGGUGGAAAACGUUCUCGGAAGUGAACACCUUGGCUACCAAUUUCGGCAAAGGCCUGCGCGAGUUGGGCAACCAUCCAGGCGAGAACGUGGUGAUUUUUGCCGAAACCAGAGCCGAAUGGUUGGUGGCCGCCCACGGACUGUUUAAACAGAACAUUCCGUUGGUGACCAUUUACGCAACUUUAGGCGAGGAAGCUAUAGCUCACGGUAUCAACGAGACCGACGUGACGACCGUGGUGACCUCGUACGAGCUAAUGCCCAAAUUCAAAAAGAUUCUGCCGAUGGUUCCCAAAGUCAAGACUCUGAUCUAUAUGGAAGACCAGCUACACGAACUAGACACCAGCGGGUACCAGGACGACAUUACUAUCAUCAAAUUCACGGACGUGUUGGAAAAAGGAGCCAAGUCUGAUGCCGUGGCCGCUCCGCCCAAUCCUACGGAUACUGCCAUCAUAAUGUACACAAGCGGUUCGACGGGCGUGCCCAAAGGGGUCAUCAUUCUGCAUAAGAAUCUCAUCGCCACUCUGAAAGCGUUCUGCGAUUCGGUAGACAUUUACGAGAACGACGUGAUGAUCGGGUUCUUGCCAUUGGCUCAUGUCUUCGAGCUGCUGGUCGAGACGGUGUGUCUGUGCGCCGGAGUGCCCAUCGGUUACUCGAGCGCUUUGACUAUGAUAGAUUCCUCCAGCAAAAUCAAGAAAGGUACCAAGGGAGACGCGUCAGUGUUGCAGCCGACGUGCAUGACAUGCGUCCCGUUGAUCCUCGAUCGAAUCUCGAAGAGCAUCCAAGAGAACGUUUCCAAAGCAAGUUCGUUUAAAAAAUUACUCUUCAAAUUCGCCUACGAUUACAAAGUAAAAUGGAGGAAACGCGGUUACGAGACCCCGCUCGUUAACAAAGUGGUGUUCAGCGCCGUGCGUCGUCUGAUGGGCGGAAGCAUGAGAUUGAUCAUAUCUGGAGGGGCGCCGCUAUCGCCCGAGACCCACGAGCAAGUCAACACCUGCCUAUGCGUAACCAUUAUCCAGGGCUACGGUCUGACGGAGAGUACGUCGAGCGCAUGCGUCCAGGACAUCACCGAUAUGACUUUUGGGCGGGUCGGUGCGCCGGUCACGAUAUGCGAGGUCAAGAUCGUCAAUUGGGAGGAGGGCAACUACAGGGUGACCGACAAGCCUUAUCCGCGAGGCGAGAUUGUAAUAGGCGGCGACAACAUCACCGCUGGAUACUACAAGCUGCCCGAAAAAUCGAAGGAAGACUUCUACGAAGAGAACGGCAAGCGGUGGUUUAAGACGGGCGACGUAGUCGAGGUACACGACGACGGCGUCGUCAAAAUUAUAGAUCGCAAGAAGGACUUGGUGAAGCUUCAAGCGGGCGAGUAUGUUUCGCUGGGCAAGGUGGAGUCGCAGUUGAAGACGUGCCCGUUGGUGGAUAAUAUCUGUGUGUAUGGCGAACCGACCCAACACUAUUGCGUGGCACUGGUGGUGCCGAACCAGAAUAAUCUCGUCGAGUUGGCGAAGAAGAUAGGCCUGGCCGAGAAACCGUUCGAGGAAUUGUGCGAGAACGCGGACAUGGAGAAAGCCGUCUGCAAGGAGCUCGCCGAGCACGGGUUGAAAGGUAAAUUGGCGAAAUUCGAGAUCCCCGCGGCCGUGAAGCUUGUGGCAGAAGUCUGGUCGCCUGAUAUGGGGCUGGUAACGGCGGCGUUUAAAUUGAAACGAAAAGAUAUCCAAGAACGAUACCAGUGCGAGCUACGAAGGAUGUACGCGUCCUGAAACCGGUCCGAUUUUAUAUUUCACAGAGUUAAGUGUUAAAAAUCACCGCAAAACGGUUCUUAAACCAAUUCUACAGACUGUCUAAAAACUCGGUGUUUCAAUCGUCGUCCGGGAGAUCUCGUAAAACGCCCGCCGUCUUCAACACGUUUUGGCAAUAAGGGAUGAUUCGUUCGCUGCUGGACAUCGAAAGACUGUGAUUUUUUUAAAAAGCCCCGUUUUAUGAGAUCUCUUCCCUUCCAGAGUUCGGUUCCGCCGCGCAGGCCUAAUUCGCAACAAUGGUGUCGUUUUAGCACAAACUAUUAUAUUAAGUUUAGAAUUCUCGGUAAUAAUGCUGCAAUAGUUAAGUAACCUCGAAGCCAUGGUCUCCGGUCCUCUAUGGAGAAAGCUUCGGGGUUGCGGCGGUGAUAUUGUUAAAAGUUUUUUUUUGUCUUUUUUGUUGAUUAUUAUCAUGUUGAAGACUGUAGGUAGGCAACUGGAGUACUUGUCAAAUUAUUAAGUGUACAUCGCAGACGCGUACUUAACAAUGUAACAAUAAUUAUUGUAUUUAUAGCAACAUUUUAAACGUGUAAAUAUUUUCCCAAUUUUAAGUCCCCUAGGAGAAAGAGAGGUUCGAAAAAUGUAUUUAUUUACCAUAAGAAAUAAAUUUCUUUUACUUUU